AUGACCGUGAGCAAGACGGCCGAGGCGCACACGCCGGGCACCCAACUGCCGGAGGUGGUCCGCGCACCGGUCCCCAAUGGGAGCCGGGUGCGCGCCAAUGACCAGGCCCUGCGCCUGCAGACCGAGGCCCUGUCGGCCAUGCUCAAGGUGUCCCCCUCGUAUGGGACCGACCCGCGGGAGGACAUGCACGCGGCCCGGCGCCGGGGGCGCUUCCGCAGCGCCGACCUCACCCUCUACAUGGAUGGCAUGCGGGCGGAGCUUUGGCGCCGGAGCCGGCCGCCGAUGGCCGGGCACUUGGGCACGGUGGCGCGGCCGCUGACCGGGGUGCCCUUCGACCCGGCCGCGGCGCUGGGCCCGGAGACCGGGAUGCUGGCCCGGGUGGCGCCCAGCGGCCCGGCCGACGCCGGCGACCUGGAGGCCGGGUCGCGCUUCCUGGCGGACCUGCUGCCGGCCAGCGAGCAUCGCCGGCGCCUGCGCCGGGUGGUCAUGGCCGACCCGCUGAUCCGGGCCUUCCUCAAGUCGCGCUUUCGGCUCGAGCACCUGGCCGAGGCCGGGCUGCCGGGCGGCCGCCGGGACAUGGUGGACUUGCACUUCCUCAUCCAGCGCCGGCUGAUGAGCGUCGUCCGGGCAUAUGGCUUCUGCACGCUGGAGGAUGCGUCGUAUGCGCGGCUGCUGCUGGGCAGCUCCUCCUCGGUGCAGAUGCACAUGCUGCUGUUCUUGGAGACGUGCGGCUUGCUGUGCGCGCCGGCCGAGCGCGAGCGCCUCCUGGCCGGGCUCCGGGCCGACGACGAGCAGGAGCGCGCUCGCCUGGCGGCCGAGUACCGGCUGCUGGCUGCCGUGGCCGGGACCCGGCACACCGCCUCGCUGCCGGCCGGGCCCGGGCCCGGGGCCCGCAGCCCGGCCCUCCCCGGGGCCGCCACGCUGGGCGAACUGCGCGAGGCGCAGACCUCCAUGGGGGGCCUGCUGCGGGCCCUGCGCAAGGCCGGCAUGCCGCGGGUGGCCGGGGCCCUGGCCCAGACGGAGCUCGGCCAUGGGACCGCCGUCCGGGGGAUGGAGACCACGGCCAUCUUCGACCGGCAGUCCGGCGAGUUCAUUCUCCACACGCCGACCGCCACGGCGACCAAGUGGUGGCCUGGUGGGCUCGGGAGCACGGCCACGCACUGUAUCCUGGUGGCGCGGCUGUUUGCCCCGGGGGCGGAGGCCCCGCCGGCCGGGGCCGACCGGCGCCUGCCGGACGUCGGCCUGGUCGACCGCGGCCCGCAGCUGUUCCUGGUGCACUUCCGGGACCCGGUCACCCGGCGCCCGUUGCCGGGGUUCCGCGUGGGCGAUCUGGGCCCGAAGGCCGGCCUCAAUGACACGGACAACGGGUAUAUGGCGCUAGACAAUGUGCGCGUGCCGCACGGGGCGCUUCUGCCGACCAGCGGCCAGGUGGACCCGAGCACCGGGGCCUUUGGCCGGCGUGGCAACAGCGCCCGGCUGGAGGCGCUGGCCAUGACCCUGGCCCGGUCGGGGCUGAUUGCCCUGAGCACCUUCCACCUGUCGAAGGCGGUCACCAUUGCGGUGCGGUUUUCCACCGUCCGCCGGCAGACGGCCCAUGGCCCCGGACGCCGGGAGAACGCCAUCGCGGACUACCCGCUGCAGCGGCAGGUCCUGGCCGAGACGAUGGCCACCGCCUAUGCCCUUUUCAUGGGGUCGGUCGAGUCGCGCCUGAUGGCCGAGCAGUGGGUGGGCCAGCAGUUUGGCGGCCGCCCGGGCAUGGAGCCGGGGCCCGGUGCGGAUGGCGAUCCCGAACAGCAGACCGUGCGCCUGGGGCACCUGGUCCAUGUGAACUCGUGCCUGCUGAAGUCGGCCGGCACUCGGCUGGCCCUGGAGGGGGUGCGCGUGUGUCAGCGGCACUGCGGCGGCCACGGCUUCGCCGACUACAGCGGCCUGACGCGCCUCAGCCAGGAGGCCAGCGCGGCGCUUGUCUUCGAGGGUGAUAAUGUGGUCCUCGAUUUGCAGGCGGCGCGCUUCCUGGUGCAGGAGGUUGGCCGCGUUGCCCAGGGCGGCCGGUCGGUGGUGGACUACCUGCACAUCGAUGCCCGAAGCCUGCGGCAGACCCUGGCCGAGGCCGACGAGGGGCGCAUGUUUGCCCGGCUGCCGGCGCCCGGGGCCCCGGUCACCGAGGCGGCCUUGCGGGCGGACGUCAAGCGCGGCAAGCACCAGGUGGCCGCCAUGGGCUGGAUGUGUCACCGGCAGACGCUGCGCCUGGCGCACGUGGUCCGUGACCACCUCCUGGCCGGCAUGGGUUUCUCCGAGGCCCUAUCCAAGGCCGGGAUCUUCGGGGUGGCCGCCGCCCGCGGCCACGCCAACUACCUCCUGCUGGGCACCAUGCAGCGGGCCAUCGAGGCGCUGCUGGAGCGCUACGCCGCACUCGGGGUCCCGGCGGUCGACACCGGCAAGGAGGCGUCCCUGUGGGUGAUGGCACAGCGGCUGUGCCGGCUGCGUGACAUCUUCUACUGCCACUGGCCGCAGCAUGACCGGGCCCCGGCCGCGCAGCUGGACAGCCGGGACCUUGGCGAGUCGGCCGCCUGGACAGAGGCCCUGCAGGUUGAGAAUACCCUGGCCUGGGGGGCGCUGCUGGCCGAGGCGCCGAUUGCCCUGGCGACCCUGGCCGAGGAUGUGGCCCCGGAUUUGCUGACCCUGGCCGAUGCCUGGGACUACUCGGAUGAGGAGCUGGGCAGCUGCAUUGGCCGAUUCGACGGGGACAUCUACCGGGCGAUGCACUAUUUCGCCACCGGCACGGUGGCCGGCAGGACAAAGCUCUAA